UAAGAUGUUUCAGUUGAAUUCGCAAUGCAGUCGCGACAAGUUCUAGUCCUAGUUUUAGUUAGUCUCACAAUUUCUGAUGUACGCACAAAAGAUGUUCAGGAAUGCGAAGAGUUAUCCCAUAAGAACUAUGUUUGCUAUGAGAUCGAGAGCUUUGAGCAACUGCAGCAUUAUGUGCAAGAGGAUUGGCAAAGCGUGAAAAUUGUCAACGGUCACAAGGCCAUCGAAACUGAUGACCAAAUUCUGGACAAGAUGUCGAAACUGCGUCAACUGGAUCUAUCGGAGGCAGGAGGAGUGUCGCUGGGCGAACGUGGCUUGAGAGAUUUAAUAGCACUGCAACAGCUCAACUUAUCACACAAUGAAUUGGAUGAGCUGCACGCUAAGCACUUUGCUGACAAUGCGUCUUUGGUCAGCUUGGAUGUCAGCCACAAUGACUUGCAGUUCAUUGGACGCACACUAAUGAAGCAGCUGUCAAAUCUCGUCUACGCCAACUUCUCGAAUAAUGCAAUAGCCAGCGUCGAGCCGGAUGCCUUCAAGGGGCAACUGUACUUGCAGCACCUCGACCUCAGCACCAAUGAGCAGGAGAACAUAACCAUUGGCAGCAAUGCCAAUCUGCGUUAUUUAUCCAUCAGCAACAACAAUGUGCGAGAUUUCCCUUGGUGUCGUCUGCGUGGAUUGCCAAAGCUGGAAGAGCUGCAUUUGCACAGCAAUUGGCUGGAGACGCUGGACAUGGCCAUCUUCUAUUCCCUGCCUCGACUUCGAGUGCUCAACGUGUCGAACAACAACAUCUACACAAUACAACGGAAUCUAUUCGUGGGUCCAGCGCCUGAUUUCACUCUGCUGCAAGUGCUCGACUACAGUGCAAAUAAUGUGAAAGUGUUGGAGGAAGAACUCUUCAACAGGUUGCAACAUCUGGAGUCACUUGAUCUGCACUACAAUCAAAUAUCAAAGAUCUCUGCAACUGCUUUUAGAGGUCUGACCAAAUUGAAAUCGCUGCACUUGCAGGACAACAGUAUUCGACAGCUGCCCGAUGGAGUUUUUGGCUAUUUGACUUCGCUGCAGUUGCUCGACGUGAGCAAGAACAACAUCAAACAAGUGUCGGCAAAUGUGUUUGGCGACCGAGUGUUGCGGCAACUAAUUCAGCUUGAUUUAAGUCACAACAACAUCGAGCAACUGCAUCCGUUGGCCUUCUCCUCGCUGCCGUACUUGCAACAGCUGCGCUUGGGGCGCAACAAGUUGAUUUCUCUAGACAUUCGCAUGGUUGCCCCACUGCGUCGCCUGCAGCUGUUGUCGCUGAGUGAGAAUCGCCUGACGGAUAUCGAGCGGGAUGUGCUCGACACGCUGGACAAAUUAAGCGAGCUGGAUAUCAACAACAAUCAGCUAACCUUUCUGCCUGCCACCUUGGAGCUGCCGCAGCUGCGUCGCAUCCGCAUCGAGGGCAAUCCCUGGCAGUGCCUCUGCCUCGACGAGCUUACAGCCUGGCUGCAUGGCCGUGGCGUGAGCUAUGCGAGUGCCAACAGCGCCUACUACAGUGGCCGGAAAGCACUCUGCGUUGUCACGCCCCUUGGACAAUGCAUCAGGGACUUGGAGGCGGUGCGCGCGCACCGCAUUGUUGAGAGCUAUGAGGAGAUUUGAGGUGGCUGACGAUGGAGCCAUAAAUCAAUAGCACUAAAUGCUAGUGGAGACUCUAAGUCAGGAUGGUUGGAGGUGGGAGGUUGGAGUGUUGUGGCCUUCGUAAAUCACAGACAAAUGAAUGACCAUCAGGCGCAAAAGUUUUGCUGGCCAAAGUAUUUGGCCAACUGUCGUAAAACAAUAAAACAGAAAGAAGCCACACAACAAACCGGAAGUGGGGGGAGUGGAAAGUAGGGGGAGAGGGAAAGCAAUGGCACAGAUUUUCAAAUACUUAACACCACUUAGGCGAACAGUUGGACAAAUGACAAUGACACAGAGAGGAAUGGAAUGAAAUGCUUCACACGACAUUCUCGAUUGUCGAGCGUAAUUUAACGUAAGAAUUUUUAUUAAAAUUGUGCGAUUUGUUUUGAGGCAGUUUGAGGCCUGAGGUAGUCUGAGCUGGCCAUGACUUAAUGAAUAAAUGAUUGAUUGAAUGGGUGUCAGAAUGGGUGUCAGAAGAAGAAGAAGAGCAGCAAAGGAAGCUAAGCAAACUUCCGGCGGACGCGAGCGGAAAAAGCGUGGAAAAUUGAGCUGUGGGAAUUGUUAGUGAAUUUUGAAGAUUGCGCAAUUGCGAGUGAGUUGAAAAAUCAGAGAAUGAAUAAUGAAUAAAUUAUACAGGUAAAUGGCGCUAAAAUGCCGAUUUAUGAUUUAACAUAAGCCAAUCGAUUAAUUAAUAAUGCUGACACACAAAAAUGUGUAAAUUCACUUAAUACGAGUAGAAAUAAAAUUAAUGAUUCACUUUUCAAAUUUAUUUGCGCACUUUCGAGGCGUUUUUCGCAUUUCCGCACUUUUUGAUUCUCAUAAAGCAAAUAUGCAGACCGUGAAAAGUAUUCAAAAUGAAUAACUAUGCUCAGGUCACACGCACACACUCAUACUCACACUCACACUCGCAUUCACAUUCACAUUCACGAAUUCACAUUGGCAGGCACUUGUUGGUAAAUAAGUAGUUCAACUUCAACAUAUUCACGCAACUGCAUUGAAAAGCCAGCACAAGUAUUCGAGGCAUUCACACGCACAGGUGACAAAAGCCGACACCAAUGCGCACAGACAAAGCCAUGAGCCACGAGCUGUAGUUGGAGCCUUAGCCAGGACAUGGAAUAAGGACACAGAUACGCACUGCGCUGAAUGCGGCAAUUAUGGCAAGCGAGCGAGCUAGCUAGCAAGCGGAGCAGCCGCCAGGAAUGAAGUGAGAGACAGGCAGCUUAACUUGCCUGCUUGCCUAACACACACACACACAUACAGACAAAAAGGAUGUUGGAUCCUAGCAACUCGACAGCGACAAUAAAAGUUCUUUAUGCCGUGUCGAGGCUAGCCGGAGAUUACAGCUAAGCAGUGAUGUUUUCUUUCUUUCUGCACUUCGUUAUGUGGGUCUCAUCAAAGUUUGCUUGCACAAAAAUGUUAAUUUAAUUACAUUACAUUUUUGGUGCGGUUCUUUUUUGUCGCUUUCGCUUUCGGGUUGAAAUUGUUCAACACCUGGUUGAGUUCUCGGUUGUCCCAAUCAUUGCAAGUCAAAGGCGUAAACUUUUUCCACAGGUUUUCCACAGGUUUUUGGGCAACAAUUUUCUUAUGAAUUUUGCGGUCGACAGCAAUGCUAAGAAACCUGGACAAAGUCCUUUCAAUUAAUUUAGGUACAAAGUUUUGUUUGCACAAUUUGAUAACUGAAAACAGCAGGCGUUCAUUUCGUCUCGCUUCGAUGUCUUCUCCCUCUCUCUCUCUCUCUCUUGCUUUGCUUGACACACUUGUUGCACACAGUGUGGCAAAUAUUGAACCCUCGUCAAAAUGAAAUGACGUUCAGUGCUGUCAGAGACAUCACAGUCCCAUCAAUUUGCUGGCCUAAGUUUUGUCGUUGUUCAAACAUUGGAGACUUUAAAUUUUACCAUGCACGUUCAGGUGCACAUUGCGUAUGCGUAAUAUUUUCUAAAUUCAAUAUUUUCUCUCGCUCUCUGCUUUUGAUGUGUGUGAAGUGCUUUUUGCUGCUGUCUAUGCUGCUGCUGCUGCUGUGGUGUGACUCUCAAAUCGGAAUUAUCGAGUGGCCUCUUGGCCAGCCCAAUUUUCAUUUGCAGCAUUUCGAAAUUAAUUGCGUUCAGAAGCUAAUUACAUUUUUGUGGCUCCGCAUUGCACCACACUUUAUGUCGCAAUUUAUAUUAAUAUUUGGCAAAUAUUUUACAAUUUUUACUGCAAUUAGCAUGACAAUUUUGUAUGCUGUUUAAAUCCCACAUUCUAAUGCAACUAGUUUACGGCCACAAAAAUGAAAAUCAAAUCGCAAACUAAGCAUCAUGCAAAUGCCGGAUUUGAAUCCGGAUGUGGCACAGACUCCACUUGAAAUAACAAUACACAUUUUCGUGGUUCGUGUGGUUCUCUAUGCAUUUGUAAUUAUCCCACAGUUGCAGUUAUUGCAUUUGAUUUUGUGGCCAUCGCUUCCCUUGUGGGCAAGUCUUUUCCCUCCAGAGAGUUCUGCAAUCACGCUCUAUUUAGUAAGGGAAGCUUUACCUGUUUAGUCAAAUGAAAUCAAAGUGGGGAAUGAAGUUAAACUGAUGUCUUUUAGUAUUAAAAGGUAAUUUCCAUCAAUUCGAUAAGGAUUUGCAUAUAUCUUUAACAUUAGAAAG